AUGCAUGUUAUGAAUCGUUUAGAUCAAGGGCAAAUGCAUUCAUCUGAUCAACAAACAGCUCUUGAAGAUCGCUACUACAACAGUCAAAAUUUUGAAGAUGAAUAUCCAAUUAAUGAUCCUGAAGUAGCUCAUGCGGCAACGAAAAUUCAAGCACAAUUUCGGGGACAUAAAGCAAGACGAAAUCUGGAAAAAAUGAAACAAGAACAACCGACUGAAGACGAACAAUAUCAAAAACCAUCAUCUUUACCUAUUUCAGAAUUAAAACAAGAGGAAAAUAAGCAAUACAAAGGUUUCGAAGAGGAAGAGGUUUCGGAGGAAGAAAAACGUCAACUCGAACGUGCAGCUCUAUCAAUUCAAGCGCAAUUUCGUGGUUUUCAAGUUCGAAAAACUCUUCGAGACACACCGGAUAGUACAAAUGAACAAAACGACAGUGAUUAUAAACAACAACAACAACAACAACAACAACAGGAAUAUGACAAUAAUCAUGACAAAACAUCAACACUAUCAUCAAGUCGUAUUAGUGAUCACCGUGAUCUUGGUGAAAAUCUCCGAUUACAUCAUGAGAUUGAAGUUGACAAAAGCAACGAUAUUGAUCGGUCACAUAUUGAACGUGAGCCAACAUCAUCAAGUCAAGAUUUUGAACGACACCAAGGAAUAUUCCACGAUUCAAAUUUUAAUCGAGAACAACAAGGAGAUAGUUUCAACGACGACGACGACGAUAUGAGUGAUCCAAAUCUUGAUAAAGCGGCUACACGUAUUCAAGCUUCAUAUCGAGGUUAUAAAAUUCGAAAAGAAUUAGGUUCCCCAACUGGUGGUCAUCCAAAUAUGGGUCAUGAUCAACAACAUCCAUCAUCAACAUCUCCAGAAGCACAUAAAGAAUUUGAUGAUGCUCGCAAUAAAAACAUUUUAUCGCCAUCAGCUGAAGACAAUAAAGUACCAGAAGAACAUGAAGAGGAAGAAGAUAAUGCAGCUGCUGUUAAAAUUCAAGCUGCUUAUCGUGGUUAUCGAGUUAGAAAAGAUUUGGAAAAAUAA